AUGGUUAUGUCAAAGACAAUAGCUAUUUUCCUAGUCUCUAUGAUUAUAGUAACAUAUUACAUUGCCUUCUCUGCUGCCCAAACGCCAACAAGUGCAGCCCCUGUUGCUACACCAACAAGUGCAGCCCCUGUUGCUACACCAACAGGUUGCCCUAUGGUGGGUCAUAAUUGUACUGGCACAACACCUUGUUGUAGUUUUUUCGGUACUUGUGGAUCUGGUAGUGUAGAAUGUGGUCCCGGAUGUAUUCCAGAAUUUAGUGAAUUCGGUGCUUGUAGUUAA